AUGAACAUCUUUAGGGCUGGUAUGGGGUGCUCUGAUACCUUAUCACCAGUCCAAGAUGGCUUAGUGGCCAAAAAGAAGACUAGAAGUCGACAAUCAGGCACGGCAUGGACUCGAUCUGGCUGUUUGACCUGCAAAAAGCGUCGCAAAGGCUGCGAUAAGGCCAAACCAAGCUGCAAUAAUUGUAUCAAGCAAGGCCGCAUAUGUGAGGGCUAUGGGUCACUUUGGGUUGAGCCAUUAGGCCCGUCGGCGGAGGUAUUUAAGCCUGGAGAAGACUUGAAGCGGCAGUGCAUCAGCGCAUCGUCGACACCACACUUUAUAACAACGUCACCAUCACUAUCGCCAUCCUCGGAAUGGCGGAUAGAAUCACCGUCAACUCCUGAGUCAACCAUGCCGACACUACUUCUGCUACCUUCACCAGCAGACCGCUCGGUUGAAGAGCCCAUGGAUCGGAAUAUCAAGAAUGAAAUUAGAAAACUAGAUGAAAAGAAUGAGCUACAAGCACAAAAACUAGCGUUGAUUCCGCGCUCGAAGAGCUUUACCAGUCACCUCUCGGUUCAUGAAUCACACUACCUACAAUACCAUUUUGAAUAUGGUUCUCAGCGAUUAGCCAACCUCGAAAGCGAAGAUAAUCCUCUACGUUCACUGCUAAUUCCACGGGCGAUAUCAUCCUCGUUACUUAUGAAAGCUCUUUGUGCAAUCUCUGCUCUUCACUUCGCAAACCGCACACAAGGCACCGACGCAAAAGCCGCCGCAGCAAGUUUCUACGGCCGAACUCUUAGCGGUCUCCGUAUAGCACUGGCUGAAUGUCCGACAGAUAUCCUUCCAGAAGAUAGUAUGUUGGCCGUUGGCUUACUGUGCAAAUACGAGAUCGUUCGUGGAAGCGUUAAGCAAUGGGCCAUUCACCUUAAUGCCUUGCAGAGCAUGAUUGCUUCUCGUGGUGGCUUGGCUUCUAUGGAUCGAGACACGGGGUUUUUUCUACGGGGACUGUACAUUUACGCCAACAAUAUGGGUCGAAUCAGUAAUCGAAAACGCAUCACCUCAGUCGACAUGUCUACUGCCAAUACCGAUUUUGGUCCACCCAGACUGGAUAUUUAUCACGGGUAUACUGAAGAGAUUAUUGAAUUAUGCUCGCGUAUUGCAGAGCUGCCAUCCCUAGAAGGUGAUGCUAUAUCAUUACGUUUGGCGAUUGUUUCAAUAAAUGAAGCUCUUCUCAAUUGGUCUCAUACUUCAAAAUCCUACAUAAUACCGCAAGGUCUUCCACAAAAAUCAUUAAUACGUCUCCAGCUCGUUGCUGAAUGUUUCCGCGAUGCAGCAUUCAUAUAUCUGCAUUCAAUCCUUGAGCGAAUGAGCAUCCAUUCCGAAUCUCUCGCGGAGCCCGGGAUCGAUCUCUUUUCCACUGAAUGGGCUCCUCUCAUCUCAAUCUCUACAUCUAGCGCUGUUCACAGCUGCCUUUCACGCGUGAAAUCAUUUCCUCUUGAUGACCACUGCGAGUAUUCCGCGCUGACGUUCCCACUGUUUAUAUGUGGCUGUGAGAGUGAUGUCCUCGAGUACAGGGAUUCUGUGGUCCAUUUCUUGAGCAAGUUGCAGUAUAACUUUGCAAUUGGCAAUGUUGAACGCGCUAAGGAACUCCUUACCAUACUAUGGGCGAGACGGGACGCCCAUGAGCUGGCUCAACAAGCUGGAUUUGGACCGAUUCCGAAAGUGCAUUGGUUGGAUGUAGUUGAGGAGCUACAGUGGGAUUUGAUUCUUGCAUAG